ACCCUGUGGUGUUCUACUGUCUUCCUGUCUUGCUGUAACGCUGGUCAUAACUUGGAGGAGUAUAAUCUUUCUUUUCCUUUUUCAGACACAUACCCUCCAGGGCUGUGUUUUGCUUGCUGACUUUAACCCUGGCUUAAUUGCCCGUGAUGUUUCUAAAGCAUCAAGCUCAGCUCCCCAUCCGACUCCUCCAUCUCAUAUACUGUUCUUAUCACUGCAAGAUUUGUACAAGUUGUUUAAAAACCAUGAUCUCUGAGGCUGGAAAAAAAUGAAGUGCACUUGAAAUGACAGUUAUGCUAAAAGAUAAGCAGAGCAAUACGACUUAUCAAAAUGGGUACAAUUUUUCUUGGUUAAUGAGUACAAUAUACAGCGUUCCAAUACAUACCCAAGGGGGGGGGUCGCUUUAUAAAAUAUCAAGUACAGCACAUUACGGCAGACAUAACUGUGUGGGAUAUGUAUCUAGGCCUGAGAGUGGAGAUAACAAAAUAUAAGUGCUUCGCCUGUCUAAACAUGUUAAAUAAAUGAGCGUUCACUAUCACAUCCCAAUACAUUAGAAGAUGUACUCACAUAGUUAAUUUUUCUUUUUAAUGCACCGCACGUGAUCAUUUGAAAUGCAGAACCAGAGUCUAUCUCAGUGUUUGAAGACAAGGUUUCCUUUCAUUUAAACAAAUCUUUAUUGAAAUAAGCCUUUUUGAAAAGAAUCUUCGGUGUGUCCUUCUUUACAGGCAGUUCAGUCAGGGUAAACGGAGAUAAAGAAGGAACGUCGAAGGGUGUUGUAUAAGAUGGCCCAGUCAAAGUAAAAAGUACAUACAGGGUAGUUUACAUAGGCAUGCUCAGCUUCCCUAGGACAGCACUUUAACAUCUAAGAGUCUACAGACUUCUGAAUGCUUCUUUGACGAUUUGGGGUAUCUGUGCUCACAAUCCAAAAGAAUUGGGGCAGUGGAGAAAAAGACAGAGGGAUGCUGGCAGAGGAAGUUUCAGGUGGAAAGAGGGAGAGAAACAGUUGCUUCUUCCAUUGGUUAAUGAAAUAGCAGCUUCGAAAACUUCUCUGCAGUAAAGUUUUAUAGCUUUGUCCCUCGCAUGCAGGUUUUCAAACACUACACCAAUGUCAUAAUAGGUUCUUGAUUCAGGCGAGAGCUGGGACACUGAUAAACUCCACAGAUGUUAUCUAUAUUUUUCCCAAGUUUUCUCCUGCCCGAUACCAGGAAAACAUUGGUCCACAGAGGCUGACUGAGACACAGCUGCAGGAUGAUUGACCUCCACUCUGGGUCCACACCCAUGUGAAGGACAGGUCCUGGGUGCAGUCAGACACUGUUCCAUAUCAACUCUUUGUUUUUCUAUCCUUCUCCACAGGGGGUCAGCUUUGGUGCACCACGACGAAGGCCAUCUCGGAGGGUGAAGAACUAAUUGCCUUUGUGGUGGACUUUGACUCAAGGCUACAAGCUGCUAGUCAGAUGACUCUCACAGAAGGGAUGUACCCGGCCCGCCUGCUGGACUCCAUUCAGCUGCUUCCUCAGCAAGCUGCCAUGGCUUCUAUUUUGCCUACAGCUAUUGUCAAUAAGGAUAUAUUCCCUUGCAAGUCCUGUGGCAUCUGGUACCGGAGCGAGCGGAACCUGCAAGCCCAUUUGAUGUACUACUGUAGUGGGAGGCAAAGAGAAGUUGCUCCAGUGUCUGAAGAAAAUGAAGACAGUACGCAUCAGAUUUCCAGCCUGUGCCCCUUCCCACAAUGCACCAAGAGCUUUUCCAAUGCCCGAGCUCUAGAAAUGCACCUGACUUCACACAGUGGAGUGAAAAUGGAAGAGUUCCUGCCCCCCGGGGCGAGUUUGAAGUGCACGGUGUGUAGCUACACUGCUGAUUCCGUGAUCAACUUCCACCAACACCUGUUCUCGCAUCUCACUCAAGCUGCCUUCCGUUGCAACCACUGCCAUUUUGGCUUCCAGACCCAGAGGGAGUUACUGCAGCACCAAGAGCUCCAUGUCCCCGGUGGCAAACUUCCCAGAGAAAGCGACAUGGAGCACUCUCCAAGUGGAACAGAAGACAGCUUACAGCCAGCCACAGACUUGUUGGCCAGAAGUGACCUCUCCCAGAGCCAAAAGGCCAUGCCGACUAAAGAUGCAAGCUCAGACACCGAGCUGGACAAGUGUGAGAAAAAGACUCAACUCUUUCUCACCAAUCAGAGACCAGAGAUGCAGCCUGCGGCAAACAAGCAGAGCUUCUCUUACACAAAAAUAAAGUCUGAGCCUUCCAGCCCUAGACUUGCCUCAUCUCCAGUGCAACCCAACCUAGGGCCCUCUUUCCCUGUGGGACCUUUCCUGUCUCAGUUUGCUUUCCCCCAAGAUAUCACCAUGGUCCCUCAAGCUUCAGAGAUCUUAGCCAAGAUGUCCGAGCUGGUGCACCGACGCCUGAGGCACGGGAGUAGUAGCUACCCUCCUGUCAUUUACAGCCCUUUGAUGCCCAAAGGGGCUACGUGCUUUGAGUGUAACAUAACGUUCAAUAAUCUGGAUAACUAUCUGGUUCAUAAAAAACACUACUGCAGCAGCCGAUGGCAGCAGAUGGCCAAAUCCCCUGAGUUUCCAAGUGUUUCUGAGAAGAUACCGGAAGCUGUGAGUCCUAACACUGGCCAGACUUCCAUAAACCUUCUCAACCCCGCGGCUCAUCCCCCGGACCCAGAGAAUCCACUUCUUCAAACAUCCUGCAUCAACUCUUCCACGGUUUUAGAUUUGAUUGGGCCAAACGGAAAGGGCCAUGAGAAGGACUUUUCCACUCAAGCCAAAAAGUUGCCCACCUCCAACAGCAAUGACGACAAAAUAAAUGGAAAGCCCGUUGAUGUGAAAAAUCCCAGCGGCCCCUUAGUGGACGGGGAAAGUGACCCAAAUAAGACUACCUGUGAAGCUUGUAACAUCACCUUCAGCAGGCAUGAAACCUAUAUGGUCCACAAACAGUAUUACUGUGCGACGCGCCAUGACCCUCCGCUAAAGAGGUCUGCUUCCAACAAAGUGCCCGCCAUGCAGAGAACCAUGCGCACACGCAAGCGAAGAAAGAUGUACGAAAUGUGCCUACCCGAGCAAGAGCAACGGCCACCCCUAGUCCAGCAGAGAUUUCUUGAUGUAGCCAACCUCAGCAAUCCUUGUAGCUCCACGCAAGAGCCCACUGAAGGGCUAGGAGAAUGCUACCACCCGAGAUGCGACAUCUUCCCAGGAAUUGUCUCAAAGCACUUGGAAACGUCGUUGGCCAUAAACAAAUGUGUUCCGGUUCCCAAAUGUGAUACAACUCAUUCCAGUGUUUCCUGCCUGGAGAUGGACGUCCCCAUAGAUCUCAGCAAAAAGUGUUUGUCGCAGUCUGAGCGGACGACAGCAUCUCCUAAAAGGCUACUAGACUACCACGAGUGCACCGUGUGCAAGAUCAGCUUCAAUAAGGUCGAGAACUACCUGGCCCACAAGCAGAAUUUCUGCCCUGUCACUGCACAUCAACGCAACGACCUAGGUCAGCUCGAUGGCAAAGUGUUUCCGAAUCCAGAAAGCGAACGGAACAGCCCGGAAGUCAGCUUUGAAAGAAACAUGAUCAAAUGUGAGAAGAAUGGGAAUCCAAAGCAGCCUUCUCCCAACGGAAACUUGUUUUCAUCCCAUUUGGCAACCUUGCAAGGCCUGAAAGUCUUCAGUGAGGCGGCUCAGCUCAUUGCUACAAAAGAAGAAAACAAACAUUUGUUUCUUCCCCAAUGCCUUUACCCCGGAGCAAUAAAGAAGACGAAAGGAGCCGACCAGCUUUCUCCAUACUAUGGCAUAAAGUCAAGCGAUUAUAUCGCCGGUUCUCUUGUCAUCCACAACACCGACGUCGAACAGAACACAAACACAGAAAACGAGUCUCCUAAAGGCCAGGCCUCCUCAAAUGGGUGUGCGGUACCCAAGAAAGAUUCUCUGCCAUUGUUGCCCAAAAACAGAGGCAUGGUCAUAGUGAAUGGUGGACUGAAGCAAGAUGAAAGGCCUCCCGCAAACCCACCGCAAGAGAACAUUUCCCAGAAUGCCCAGCACGACGAGGGCCACAAAUCCCCGUCGUGGAUCUCUGAGAACCCGUUAGCUGCAAAUGAGAAUGUCUCCCCAGGAAUUCCCUGCGCAGAAGAACAGUUGUCUAGCAUAGCAAAAGGUGUGAAUGGCUCCACCCAGGCUCCCAGCAGUGGGAAAUACUGCCGGCUAUGCGAUAUCCAGUUCAAUAACCUUUCAAACUUUAUAACUCACAAGAAGUUUUAUUGCUCAUCACAUGCAGCGGAACAUGUCAAAUGAACUAACUGAGUAACUAAAGAAAGCAGUCACCUUUGGUACCGUGUUUAGUAUGUUCUUCUAAACAGUCCAGAAAACAAAGACGCUGUUUGAAUUACAUCUGCCGAUCAGGAGAUAAUUCAUAAUGGCUGAGUUGAAGACUUGGUGUAAUUUCAUUACAGACCAUUAGUAAAGUGUAUUAUUGGUGCCAUUUUCAGAAAAAAAAUUAAUUUAUUUUACCAGCAGUAUUCAUAGCUGUGGUUAUGUUAUUUUUAUUUAAAAACUUUAUAUUAAAGUCAUUUGUAAUGUUAUUGUAUAGUUAUUGUGUAGCACAUAUGGUUUGCACUGUAUAGUAGCUUUUAAAGAAAAUAGUCACAAACAAUACAGAAGAGCAUUUUAGAAAUAGCUUCAAAAGCACUUGUGUAUCCUGAUUUUUUUUCUUAUAUGCUGUUGCAGAUAUACGUAUAUGCUAAAAUAUAACCUGCAAACACGUUCUAAAUACACAUGCUAUAAGUUCGCCUUAAGAUUUCGAUUCUCGGAUAAUCAGGCUCCAGUUGCACUUUAUAUUUUAGCAAAUACAGUCCCUUAGUCUCUAGGCUUUGCAUUUGUAUGUAGCCGUAUAUUUCCGUCCAUUUCCUCAGACUGAAACAUGUAUGUUAAACGAAGAUGGCAAUUUUUUCUUGUAUAGUACUUGUAUUUUCUUUCGUCGACGCAGCCCUGUCCCAAUUUUUAAACCUUGGCUGUUAAAUGCAAUACUUUAUAAAGAAUGAACAAAAUUACUGGAAGCAGUAUUGUAAGGAUCGGAGUAUCGGUAAUCAGUUUUAUCUUUUGAAAGGCACAGUCUAAAUCGAACCCCUAAACUCAAUGCUGCAAGUAUGAAUUUAAUUCAUAUAUAAGAUCUAUUUAAAUAUAAGAGUAGCAAUACUGCACCUGGUGAUCACAAAGAUAAUGUUCUACUUCUGAUAGAAAAUAAUUUCUCAACAAAUGUUGUUACUAUGCAUGUACAUGGAUGGAAUAAAAUUCCAAAUUGUUGGAGA